AUGGACGAUGCUAUCGAGGCACGAAAAGCACCAAUUGAGGCUGUUCAUGCCAAUCAAGACGGCUACUCCUGCCGGCCAUCCAGACGUAUUGUAGAAUGCCAGAAGAAUACAGCCAGUGAAUACCAGGAGAGACUGAGAGACCUUGGGGAGAAGAUGCUCAAAGAGGCUGGGGAUGAGAGUGAGCAGGUUGACACCCUGGUAUGCGAGGAACCCCAUCCACGGCUUGUAGACAAAGCUGGGAUCGAAGAAUGGAACAGCCUGGAAGACAAGCAGAGGCGCAAUAAGGCACGUGGCGGCCCCGACGCAGACGGCUCCUCCCCAGCUCAAGAGUGCACACACGUAGGAAAGGAAUCGACGGCAUCUAUGAGGCGACAUCCUCGCAACCCAGACGUACUGGCCGCCAACAUCUGGAAAGCCGGCGGUAAGCUCACCCAGCGUGACGGCUGUGCAAAGGCCGACAAACGCCAUGGCGAGGAAGCCAUAGAAGAGCAGCACCGAGCCGCCGUAUGA